AUGACGCUAGAGCCUCGUGCCUCACCAGCCUGUCCUUUAACACCCUGGAGGGCACGUGCACGGCCCGAGCCUGUCACCGAGACCACGCCCAACAGGUACCGCUAUUACCAGAACGUCUGCACGCAGAGCUACUCCGUGUGGUGGGGCUGGGAGCGCUGGGAGCGAGAGAUCGACUGGAUGGCUCUGAACGGGAUCAACCUGGCGCUGGCCGCCGUCGGGCAGGAGGCCGUCUGGCGGAGGGAAAGAGAGAUUCUGGAGAGAAUGAGAUCUUUUGGGAUGAAGCCAGUGCUUCCUGCAUUUGCUGGACAUGUCCCUAAGGCCUUUACUAGGGUGUUCCCUCAGGCCAGUGUCACCAGUCUGGGCAUGUGGGGCCACUUCAACUGCACCUACUCCUGCUCCUACCUCUUGGCCCCAGAAGACCCCUUGUUUGCAGUGGUUGGGAGCCUCUUCCUGAGGGAGCUGACUCAGGAGUUUGGCACUGACCACAUCUAUAGUGCUGAUACCUUCAAUGAAAUGGAGCCCCCUUCCUCUGAGCCAGCCUACCUGGCUGCUGCCACAGCUGCAGUCUAUGAGGCCAUGAUUGCAGUGGAUGUUGAUGCUGUGUGGCUUCUGCAGGGCUGGCUUUUUCAACACCAGCCAAACUUCUGGAACCCCCCCCAGGUGAAGGCUGUGCUGAUGGCUGUGCCCCCUGGCCGCCUUCUCAUCCUGGACCUCUAUGCUGAGUCCCAGCCUGUCUACUCCCGCACUGACUCCUUCUAUGGUCAGCCAUUCAUCUGGUGCAUGCUGCACAAUUUUGGGGGAAACCAUGGGCUUUUUGGGGCAUUGGAUGCCGUGAACAGGGGCCCUUCGAAUGCCCGUCUCUUUCCCAAUUCCACCUUUGUGGGUACAGGCAUGGUCCCAGAAGGUAUCAACCAGAAUGAAGUAGUUUAUGCCUUGAUGGCUGAGCUGGGCUGGCGGAAGGACCCCUUGCCUGACCUAGGGGCUUGGGUAGCAGGCUUUGCAGCUCAGCGGUAUGGGACUCCCCACUCCCAUGCAGAAGCUGCCUGGAGGCUGCUGCUACAAAGUGUCUACAAUUGUUCUGGUGAUUUGUGCACUGGCCACAACCACAGCCCCCUGGUGAGACGACCAUCCCUUCGCCUGGACUUCUCUGUCUGGUAUAACCGGAGUGAUGUGUUUGAGGCCUGGAGGUUGCUGCUGGAAGCAGCCCCAGAGCUGGCAGCCAGCCCUGCCUACCGUUAUGACCUUCUGGAUGUCACAAGGCAGGUGGCCCAGGAGUUGGUGAGCCUGUACUAUGGGGAGCUCAGGACAGCCUUUGAGGCAGGAGCAAUGCCGGCCGUGCUCAUUGCUGGUGGCCUGCUGGUCUUUGACCUACUGCCCUCCCUGGAUGAGCUGCUGGCCAGUGAUGAGAGGUUCCUUCUAGGGGGCUGGCUGGAGCAGGCCCGGGAGAUGGCAGUCAGUGAGGCUGAGGCCUGGCAUUAUGAGCGGAAUGCCCUCUACCAGGUGACUCUGUGGGGGCCCACAGGGAACACUGACUAUGCCAACAAGCAGCUGGCAGGAUUGGUGGCUGGCUACUAUGCUCCCCGAUGGAAGCUCUUUGUGGAGAUGCUGGUGAAGAGCCUGGCCGAGGGCACCCCUUUCCACCAGAGCCAGUUUGAGAAUGAAGCCUUGCUGUUGGGCCAGAACUUUGUACUGGGGAGGGAGAAGUUCCCCACCCAACCUCAGGGUGACACUGUGGACUUAGCCAAGAAAUUUUUCCUUAAGUAUUACCCAAGGUAUCAAGCAGGAGCUGUGUGACUCAGCCCCUCACCUGAACCACCUGGGACCUCCAGUAGUUCCUUGUACUUUUAAGCUCCCUCCUAGGAUUCCAAGUCUUAUCAGUGGCCUAACUUGGGACCCCUAGGAGGGCAUAGGUAUAGAACUAUGCCCAGUUCUUGGAGAUAGUCUCUCUCCCUUGCUUACAACUGGGCUGUGUCUGGUCCCUAGAGUCAGGAACUGGCCUGGGUUCACUGAAGAGACCCUUUUAGCUGUGGUGAAGGUCUGGGAUGGAAAGUGGGUCCCAUGAAUUGAGAAUAAUGGAGCAGGCUAUUCAUGCCAUUCUCUCAUCUACUCCAGAACUGGAAAUUAAAUCAU